AGCAAGAGCAGCAGCAGCAGCAGCAGCAGCAGCAUAUAUGCUACAAAAGAGGAGAUGCUCCACGCCGCCCAAGAAAUCUCUACUGCCCUCGGCCCCGACAGCGUGUCGUUCGACGAAGAAGCCCUCGACCAUCACGGCUACUCGGACUGGAGCACGUCCAACAGUCCCGUCCGCGCCGUGGCCAUCGCAUAUCCACGCACGACAGACGACGUCGUCACCAUCGCCAAGAUCUGUAGCGCCCACCGCGUGCCCAUGAUCCCCUUCGGCGCAGGCUCAUCAGUAGAGGGAAACUUCUCACAACCGCACUCGGGGGUGUGCGUCGACUUUGCCCAGAUGGACCGCGUCGUCGCCUUCCACCCAGACGACAUGGACGCCGUGGUGCAGCCGGGCGUGAACUGGAUGGACCUCAACCGCGAGAUUGCGGGCUCGGGCCUGUUCUUCCCCAUGGACCCGUCGCCCACCGCUACCUUUGGCGGCAUGGUCUCGACCAACUGCAGCGGGACCAACGCCAUGCGCUACGGCACCAUGAAGGACUGGGUGGUGAACCUGACCGUCGUGCUGGCGGACGGGACGGUCGUCAAGACGCGGAGGAGGCCGAGGAAGACGUCGGCGGGGUAUAACCUGAAUUCGCUGUUUGUCGGUGCAGAGGGCACGCUGGGCAUCGUGACCGAGAUCACACUGAAGCUUGCCCCGAUACCGGCAGACACGUCCGUCGCCGUGGUGUCCUUCCCCAGCAUCUCCUCAGCUGCUAAAGCGGCAUCGGCGCUGAUUCGGAGCGGCAUCCAGCUGGGCGCACUGGAGAUCAUGGACGACGUCCAGAUGCGGCUCCUGAACGAGCACGGCAGCGAGACCGUCCGCAGGAGAAAGUGGGAGGAGAAGCCCACGCUGUUUCUCAAGUUUUCAGGGACUACGGAUGGGAUCAAGAGCGACGUGCAGCGGGUCGAGGAGAUUGUCAAGUCCGUUGCUGGGAACGUGCCUUUUCACUUUGCCAAGACGAAGCAGGACGAGCACGACCUGUGGUCAGCACGCAAGGAAGCUCUGUUCACCAUGGUGAGCACGCGGCCACCUGGGACCGUUAUCUGGUCUACUGAUGUGGCGGUGCCGCUGUCGCGACUGGCGGAGAUAAUCGGCAUCUCGAAGCAGGAGUGUGGCUCGCUGGGCAUAUUCGCGACCGUCAUUGGGCAUGUCGGCGAUGGCAACUUUCACGUGGCGAUGAUGUACAACCCAGAGGACGAGAAGAUGAAGACGCAGGUCGGUCGGGUCGUGCACAAUAUGAUGGAGCGGGCUCUGGAGAUGGAGGGGACCGUUUCUGGGGAGCAUGCGAUUGGGAUCGGCAAGAAAGAGUGUCUUGUGGACGAGCUGGGGGAGGAGACGAUUGGGUUGAUGCAGACGUUCAAGAGAUCUGUCGACCCACAGUGGAUCAUGAACCCUGGCAAGGUGUUUGAUAUACCUGAAGAUAUCAAGAGACGAAGAUGAUGAGGCCUGGUUGUCUUGUCACAGAACUACA